CAUACAGCACAAUGUUAGGCCUCGUCUAGGCUGGCGGCCGAGCCGCACUUCGACAGUUAACGAAGCAAACAUCGCGAGGCUUAUCCCCGUCACGGACGACGCGAUUACUUGUAACGUGUCACGCCACUAAGGAGCGAUCGUAAAGUCUUAUUUGUGAUACAGUUUAAUCCGUGUGAAUAUAAAUGCGUUAAAAGUCUUUUACCAGACGGAACGGAUCCGAGUUUGAAAAUCGCGCACGGCAGCAAUGCGCAUGCGCGGCUACCGGGUUUAGAUUUCCCAGCGCCGACAGUCCGUGUCGGGGCCGGUCACGUGGGUGAAACCGUCCAACGGGGACGCGGCGGCGCCGCCAAUGCGGUGUAUGAAAUUUGAAAGUGUAUGCGUGAAAAGCGCGGGAAAAAUGUUUUUGUUAUAAGGCGGUGGUCCUGUAAUUGUCGCGUUACCAACGUUGGACAUCGCUGUCCCUUUGUGUUGUUAUUGCUUGCGGGUUUGGUUUGUUUUGUUUGGUAUGCUUCAUGUCAUCUUCCGUUUGCAACGAUGAACACAGGCGGUGGAGACGAACGUUCGGUCGCGGAGCGCAACGUUGAGGCAUCUUCGCCAGCCGACCGCAUGAGUUCCAUGCUGCGACAGAGACUCAUAAAGUCGCGGCGGUCCUUCGAACUGACCCACCCCAAGAGACGGUGCUUUGCGAGCAGCACCGAGGAGCCGGCGUCUGAAACAGUCCUAUCGCUUGAGCAACCCAGCCAGGGCCUGGAGGAGGAUGUCCGCGUGCUGUCGCCCGAUCGUGGUGCCACUGAACGCAACACCGAAUUGGGGUUAAGCACACCGGAGGGAUGUGCUCCAACCACAUCACCGGGAGAGUCGGACUUGAAGCGUACGCCUGCGUCCAGCUUGAAUAUUAGUACAGGCAGCAGCACUGGUGUGAUGUGGACUCCUGGAUCAGGAAAAGCCCUAUCGGAGAGCCAGGCCACUACUAUCCAACAGAUGGCGAAGGAGCUUGAGGAUAUGAAAAGAGCGCUUGGAACAAAAGAGGAAUUGUUGCGCAGACUCCGAUUGGUCUCGAGCUACAGGAGUAAGAAUAACCUGGAGGAGUUGCAAAGGCUGAUUUUAAAGUGGAGGAGCGCCUGCCAGAGCCUUCUGUGUGACCUGCAGCAGGAAGCCACGUCCGACAAAGUUUACAGCCUGGGUCAGAUAAUUGCUGGAAUGGGCCUGGACCCUGAUCUUCUGCAAUACAACUCCACCGAGGACUGCUUCACCUAAAAAGUGAAGCACAGAGCAAGCUGAGAGUCCUGAACCCAGAGUAUGCCUUGUUUGCAAGUCCAUUUGCUGUAGCGUAUGUUUUUGACAUUUAAACUUGCACUAUGAUUUUUUUAAAGUGGAAAAUAUGUACGGCUUACCUUUCAGGUGACGGAGCAUGUAAAAAAAUUUAAACAGUGUUUCAAGGGUGAAAAUAUUCCCCUCUAGUAACUGAUUAUUGCAGCUAAGAUGCUUGCAUUUAUAGAAAAUCAUCAUUUACAGCCUGUUAUUAAUUUGUCAGUUUCAUGAAAUGCAGUCGCAAAUCAAUAUAUUCCUCUCCCUGUUUCAGGCUGAACUUAAACGGUUCAGUAUUCCUACAUUAUUAAUGUUAUAUAAAUCAAUGUUUGUGUUGCUCCAUUUAAUAUGAGACAGAACUCUAGGGAAAUGAAGUUGCACAAAAUCUGCAACUUCCAAUUAUUGUUGCACUCAGAAAAUUAUUCGAUUGGUUGGACAGGUUCAUGCGGUUGUCAUGGGUUACAAAUGGCUGUGUCCAACAUGGCUACAUUUAUUAUGCUUAUGGUGGCAUAGUUAUAGUAUUAGAAAUGUGGAUGAAGCUGGCUUUAUUUGGGUUAUGGGGAUUUGCAUUAAUUGGGUACUUAAAUGCCCCAGCAUCUCAAAGCACCUCAUAUUUCACCCAAUUUCAAUGAUUCCAUAGGCCAGCUAUAGAUUUCUUUUUUACUGAUGGCACAAGGUGACGCAGCACUGGCUGGCAAGUGGGCAUUAGUCUGUCAGUAGAGAGCGAUGAUGCUAUUGGCUAUGACAAAAAAAGUAAUACUGUACAGGUAAACCUCGAUUUGAGAAAGGGACGCAUUCUUUAACAAACAUGUGCAAAACAAAAUUCGUAAAUUGGAAUUGCUUUUCCCCCCCCCCAUUUAUAUCGUGCAAAAACUUAAGAGAUGUAUUUCAGACAGUCAUUCUAACUCUACUCCUAACCUAAAAAUAUACACCUAUACCACUUUUCACGAGCAUAAUAAAGAACAAAAAAUUUUAACUGAUGAAUUGCACUAGGGUAGGGGUCGGCAACCAAAACAACGAGCCUUGUUUUUCGAAUUCGGUAAAAAUAAUAUUUCAAGAGCCGCAAUUUUGCGCAUGUGGUGAAUACGAGACAGCGGUCCUUAAUAAAUAAUGUCACGAAGCACUCUUUAAUGAGCCGCAUGCGGCUCCGGAGCCGCCGGUUGGCGUUCCCCUGGCUUAGGUUGUUCUAUCCAAAGAUGGUCUUGUGUUUGUGAGUGACAUUGUGAAUGUAUAGGUUUUCAUUUAUUGCUGAUCUCAUUGGACUUGAGUCCUGCAACUAUUGUGUAAAAUGAGGUGUAUUGUGGUAUUCCAACAUUAAUUGAAUUGAGAUAAUGCUCUCUUGAUGAAAACAAAUUUUGUUUGCACUUUUAGAAGUCUAAUUCACAUUUGUAUAUUAUUGCUGUGUUCGAGGCGAUAUGCGAGUUAAGAGAGCAUUGCAUGUAUUAUUUGUAAAGACUUUGGAAGUUAAUCUGAUGCUUGUCGUUGUAAUUUAAUUGCUGAAAAGAACAAUAAAGAAACAAUGAGAAUGCCCAUUCCAA